AUGAUGCUACGUGGCGUCCUGGCGCUUCCAAGGCAGCAAGCAUGUCGCCGAUUGCCCCGCCCUUUCACCCGCGCGCGCUGUCCGAAGCAGGGGCGCCGAAGAUUCAUGCUUGAAGUGCACGCCUCUGUUCCUCCGGAACUGGUUGGGGUUCAAGUAGCUUAA